AUGGAUGCAGGAACUGCAACCUUGUCUACCCAAAAGGGUCGUUUAAGACAACAACUAUUAAAUGGUGAACAAAAUAUAGAUGCUUUGAAUCAACCCAUGAAUCCUCAACAACCUUAUAGUAAUUAUGAUAUAAUGACACCCGUAAAUGCUCCAGGUCCCGGUGGAAGUGGAUCUUUCACAUCAAGAAAAGGUGGGGCUUCCUCCAUCACUUCUCAAUCAACCAUGAAUCGUUUCUUUCGUCGUAAUAAAAAUGAAAUGGGAGGAUUUGAUGAAGAUUUAGGAGCCGAUAUUGGAGAAUUAACUAAUGGUUCAAAUAUGUCAUUUGAUGAUUUAUCUCAUAUAAGAGAUAGAGGUCCUUAUGCUACCAAAGCUUCCAAUAGUUUAGAUUCAACUCCUUUCAUUCCAACUCUUGGAUCAAAUAAUGUUAAACAUGUAAAUAAUAUAUCAUAUCGAAAACAAAUGAAUCAACAAAAGAAAUUAGCCUUGGUUAAUGGUGCAAGAGCAAUGUCCUUAGCAAGUGGUUCAAACCCCAUGAAUCCUCCUGCUCCUCAUCCUCAACAACAAGGUCAAUAUUAUAAUCCUCAACAAUAUCCUUAUCAAGGUCAACCUCAACCUUAUAUUGAUCCAAGAUCAAUGUCAUUAAGUUCAAAUCAAAAUAAUUAUAGAGCUCAAUCAUUGAAUACAAAUCAACCUCCUGGUGCUCCUCGAACCAUGUCAUUAAAUACCAAUAGAAUGUUUCCUCCUCAACAACCUCCUCAUAUACAUCCUCAACAAGGUAAUCCAAGAGCAAUGUCGAUGAGACCAUUCCCGCCUCCAAAUCAACAAUUUCAUCCCCCUUAUAAUCCUCAACAAGGCCCACCACCUCCAAAUGGUCCUAGAACAAUGUCGUUGAAUUCAAAUCAACCUUAUGGUCCGCAUCCUCAACAAUUCCAACCAAUACCUCCUCCAAAUAAUGCUUAUUAUGCCAAUGGUGGUGCUGGUGGUCAUCCUCCUCCUCCAAAUGGAUAUGCUAAUGGUCCAAGAACUAAAUCAUUGAGCAGUCAACAAGCAUAUCAACCGCAAAUGAUACCGCCUCCUCCUCAACAGCAACAAUAUCAACAUCAACACCAACAUCAACAACCACCACAACAGUACGCGUAUGGAAUACCACAACAACAACAACCGCAACCACAAUUACAACCCCAACAGCAUCAGUCUCAUCCAUCUCAAGAAUUAAAUCAACAGCCCCAACCACCAAUCCAACCUCCAACAAUUGCUAAUAAUGGUUACGGUCAACAUAAUUCAAAUGAAUCAUUAAUGCACGUUGUAGAAGAAGAUGAAGAAUCGAUAGAUCAUCCAAUAGAAGAAUCAACUAGAGUCAUAUCAACUUCGGGAAGAAAGCCUCCUCCACCCCCUGCUACUACUACCACGGCUACAAGUGAAUACAAUCAAUCCUUACCAUUAUCUUCAUCAUCACCUAUUAGAAGUGACGGAGAUGAAGAAGAAGAUAUUGAUGAAGAAGAUGCUAUUUAUAAAUUUGAACCUGAAGAUGAAGCUCAAUCAUUAUCAAGAAAAUCAACGUUAAAGAAAUCAAAUUCAAUGAGAUUAAGAAAGAUUAAUUUAUUCAGUAAGAACACCACUAAUUCCGAAUCAAUCGAUCCUCACGCUGGAAAUACAACUACUCCACCUGAUGAAUCUGAAAUAAAUUUUCCACAUGAACAAAGUCAUCAUAAUUUCCAACAACAUCAAGAACAUAUAUCACCAUCGUUCAAUCUUAACAAAUCAAACAUUAAUAAUGAAGAUGAAGGCGUGAGAGAAUCAAUCUAUGAUGAACAAGAAGUUAUGGCUCAUAAUCAAAAUCAUCGUGAACAAUUUAGUAAAUUAGGUGCCUCUGCCCUUAAUAAUACUACUAAGGAUGUAUUUGUUACUGCUUCUGAUUUAUCACCUGAAAAACGCCAAAUUACUCCAUCUAAGGAAAAGAAUUUACCAAAAUUACCUACUGAUGAGGAUGACGAUACUGAUAUUGAACGUGAUGAAGAUACUAUCAUCAAUAAAGAAAAUAUAUCUCAAGAUACCGCCGAUAAUGUUGACGAAGAUGAAGAUGACGAAGAUCCUCAACAACAUCAAUCUACUAGUACUGAUGAUUCGAAUGUUCUUAAAGAGAGAGGUUCUCCAUCAUCAUCGAAGGCUAAUUUAAGUAUCAAUUCACAAACGUCAACGCCAUCAUUAACUCAAAAGACAUGGCUUAAAGCGGUUCCUCAUAAGUCAUUAAUUGCCAAUACUGCAUUCAGUAAUUUCCGUUCUCCAUCAAGUGAUUCUCAUGGGAAAUUUAAUAAUCCAAACCCAGCUGUUUUACCACUUGAGAAUGAAAGUGAAGUGAAUGAAGAACAAUAUGGUAAUGGAAAAGAGGUGGUUAACGAUGAACCUCAAACUGAAGAAGAAGCAGUCUACGAAAAAGAAGACCUUAACGAUUUACCUAGUCCUCAAGUUGAAUCUCCUGAUACACAAGCUUUCGCUGUGCCACCAUCGAUAUAUUCUUCAUCAUAUUCUACUAUUCCACCUGAAUCACCUCUGACUCAAACUCAUGACGAACUGAAAGAACAAGUGCCGGAAAAUGAAGAUGAUGAAGAGGAGGAGGAAGAGGAGGAGGAAGUUUCUCAUGAAUCUUCUAACAAGAGCGUUAAUGAUAAUAUCGGUAGUUCUACUCCUCCAACUGCAAGUACUUCGAACGUUUCAAAUAAUAAUUAUUGGAAUAUUCCUCAUUAUAAUCCUGGUCUCAAUUAUAAUCAAACUGCACCUGUCGAUGGUAAUGAUAAUGAUUUUGAUGAUGAUAUUGAUUUCUCACCCGUUCAAACUCCACAGCCUGACAUUCAACCACGUGAAAUUCAACCUCCAAUUCCUCAACCAAUCGUUUAUGAUGCUCCAAGUCAAGUUUUAAAUAAUGCUAAGAUCAGAAGUACUAAUACUAAUGAAUUAAUGAGUUCUCCUAUUAAAGAUCCUCUCCCAGUUCCAAAUCAAAAGAGUAUCAAUAAUAAUAAUAAUAGUACUGUAUCGACUCCAAACCGUCGUAAUAGUAAUAGCAACACAGCUAAUGAUAAAGAUAAGAGAUCAUCAAGAACCUUUUCAUUAAGUGGAUCUUCUAAGAACUUAUUUAAGAGACUUUCAUUAUCAGGUAAGAAAUCGAAUAAUAAUAUUGCCGAGGAUGGAAAUAAUAGACGUAAUUCAUCUCUUACUUCCCCUAAUGUCACACCAAAACAGCCAUCAACCAGACGCGUCUCAUCAUCUACUUCAGCUUAUAAUUCACCUGCUCAAGCACCAAUUCAACCAUAUCAACCAUCGCCUCAAAAACCAGUAGAAGAGAAGAAGAAAGUUAAAUUCACUAAGGAAGAGUUAGGUAUUAUGAAUUGUAAUAAUGAAUUAUUAUAUGAAUUAGAGUUGGUUACUACUGAAUUAGCAUCAUCUAUUAAACGUGAAUUAGGAUUAGAGAAUCGAUUAAAGAAUAAUAGUUCGUCGCCUGUUCAAGAAGAUUAUUUACAUUCUGAAUUAAUGAGUAAACUGAAGAUGAUUAGUGAAUUACAAGAGAAAUUGAAUAAAGAACGUAGAUUAAGAUUUGUUAGUGAAGAACAUGCUUUAUUAAUGGAACAUGGCCAAAAUCCAAGUCCUUUGAAAUUGAAUUAUGAAAAGACUGAGUUAUAUAAACAAUUAUUAAUUAAGAAUGAUUUGGUUCAUCAAUUGGAAGAUAAAUUAAAUGAAGAAUAUAAUAAAAAUCAACAAUAUCAAUAUCAAAUCCAACAAGAGCAAAGACAAAUUGAAGGUGGAGGUGGUCAACGUAAUUCUGAUUCGAAUUUAUUAGAUAAAUAUAAUGAAUUAUUAAAAGAAAAUACUGAUUUGAAAUUCAGAGUUAUACCCGAGCUUGAAAAAUCGGUGGAAUAUAAUCAAAAUGAAUUAUUGAAAUUAAGUACGAAUACCCAUGGAAAUAGAAAGAUUUCAUUACUUCAUGAAGAAUAUAAUAAUGGAAAUAGUAAUGGUAAGAAAUAUUCCAAUGGAAAUAAUAAUGCUAAUGAAGAAUCAAUUGAACAAAUUCAUACUUUAAAGAAUCAACGAGAAGAAUUAAGAGAUACCGUUACCAAGAUGACUAUGAAUCAUAAUUAUGAAUUGAAAUUAUAUCAAGAUAGAAUCAAAGCUUUAGAAUCAAAGUUAAAGGAUACGAAAUUCAUUAAUGAUAAACUUAGUGGAAGAUCAAUCGACCAACAACAACAAUCACAUAAUGAAGGAGGGUUUAAUAAUAUGCCAAAAUCUUAUAGUUCAAAUUUUGAAUCGAUUAAGACUGGCGGAGGGGGGAAAUUAUCGGGAUUUUCAAUCGUUACCCCAACUAAGAAAUUCAUUGAUUAA